AUGAGCUUCGAUUUUGAGGAUGCUCUUCCAGCAACUAUUAUUGAGUUUGAUGUAAUAAAAGGAUUCAGAAUAAUUUACGUAUCGAUAUGGUGGGUUAUGACCAAAAGCAAAAUUAAUGAGAAGAGAAUACCAAGCGAAAGUUUUUUCGACACGUUUCAUUUUCGAGGAGAUGGUCUC